UCGACGCGUCGAGAAUCAGAAUACCCUGCAACACCGCCCCUUCUCACAUUAUAUCGCAUUUGCGACGCCGGUUUCUGGAAGUUCUUCAGAGGGUACUGUCUAAUUGGCCAUUAUGUCGGACUACGAUGACGAUAUGGACGUGGAUGCCCCCGCAUCCAAGAACGCCGUCCAGUUCAGUUCUGAUAACACCAGUGGGAAAUAUAAGAGAGCCGCUGCAGAUUUACCAGUAGAAGCUCAAGACAAUCUACCUUGGGUGGAAAAAUAUCGCCCGAACUCCCUCGACGAUGUUUCCGGUCACAAGGACAUCCUAGCUACGAUUAAUCGGUUUGUCGAAGCCAAUCAAUUACCGCAUCUUCUCCUUUACGGACCUCCCGGUACCGGUAAAACAUCCACAAUUCUCGCCCUGGCCCGACGAAUAUACGGUACAAAAAACAUGCGACAGAUGGUCCUUGAACUCAAUGCUAGUGAUGAUAGAGGAAUUGAUGUUGUCCGAGAACAGAUCAAAACUUUCGCAAGCACAAAACAAAUCUUCUCAAUGGCCCCGCCCGCCGCCAGCAAGUCGUCGCUCGCAUCAUUCAAGCUCAUCAUCCUGGAUGAAGCCGAUGCGAUGACAGCUACCGCGCAGAUGGCUCUUCGUCGAAUCAUGGAAAAAUAUACUGCCAACACUCGGUUUUGCGUUAUCGCAAACUAUACCCACAAGCUCUCGCCAGCCCUUCUUUCCCGUUGUACUCGGUUCCGGUUUAGCCCACUCAAAAAGCAAGACAUCAGGGUCUUGGUCGACCAGGUGGUUGAGAAGGAAGACGUGCGUAUUCAGCCAGAGGCUGUCGAUAGCUUGGUCACAUUGAGUCGCGGCGAUAUGCGCCGUGCCUUGAACGUGCUCCAAGCUUGCCAUGCAAGCAGUAAGUAGCACCACUUGUUUGAAAGCUCUCAGACCAACCUCUACCACUAGGCAAACCACUCCCGAUAAAAAAUGCGCCCAAAGACCAAGCCAUCCCCGAACCGGAGACAAUCACGAACGAGACGAUUUACGACUGUAUUGCCGCACCACACCCGUCUGAUAUACAACAGAUUAUGACCACGCUCCUUGCAACUAGUGAUGUCACAUCAUGCCUCAAUACCCUCAAUGCACUCAAGAUUAACAAGGGCCUUGCGUUGGCAGAUAUUCUUGCUGCACUGGGGGAGCAACUCCAGCGGCUUGAAGUCCCAGCGCAAACGCGGAUUACAUGGCUGGAGGGACUAGCUGAGAUUGAAUGGCGACUUUCCGCCGGCGGAUCGGAGACCGUUCAAACCGGAGGCCUGGUGGGGGUUGUUCGCAAUGGAUGUGAAUUGAUGGGGGACAAAGGAGCGAGCAUGGCGACAUAGCGCUAUUUUAUGAAAUAUAAUUGCAUAAUCCCAUUAAC